AUGUUUCUGAUUUUAUCUUAGGAUGAUCAUCCACUCUAUGAAAGAAGGUUUCCUUUAAAAAAAACCACUUUAGGAAGCUAACAACUUUUAAAUGCUCAAUUUAUAUUACAUGCUUCUUUAGAUGUGUUUGAAGAGAAAUACAAAUCAUCAAAAGAAUUAUUUCUCAAGGAAAUAGAAUAAAAACAGGAUUAUAGAAUAUUUGGAUAUGUGACACCAUCAAAUAUUAGGUUUUUGAUUUUGACAGAUUAAGAAGAAGAAAAAGUUAAAGGGUUUUGUUAAUUGGCACAUGAGUAAUUAAUUAAAGUAUUGAUGAAUCCACUUUACUAAUUGGGAUCAUCGAUUUCUUCUUCUAAUUUUGAUCAUGUAAUUUAAUAAUUGCUUCAAACCAGAUUAAACUAAUGA